GCCGAAACAAGAUGGCGGACAAGGUGUUGUAUUUGGAUACGGCUAGCAGAUAUUAGUGAAUUAUGUGAUUAUUUAUUGGAUUAUUGAGCUCUUGAAAAAGCCAGCGAUGGCCGAAAGGUGGGAGUGGGUUGAGAUUAUAGAACCCCAGACCCAGGAACACAUGUACGCCAACCUGACUACGGGUGAAUGUGUCUGGGAUCCCCCACCUGGCGUCAAAAUAAAAAAGACUGAUGACAAUCAGUGGUGGGAAUUAUUUGAUCCGAAUACAUCUAGAUUUUAUUAUUAUAACGCCAGCAGUCAAAAAACUGUGUGGCAUCGACCACAACAUUGUGAUAUCAUUCCAUUAGCUAAAUUACAGACUUUGAAACAAAAUACAGAGGUUCGAGAGGCGGAUCAACGUCGCAGAGAAAAUUCUGUCAAACGUGAAAUUGGAACUCAGACACCACUUUCCACACCACGACGGGAGCAUAACCGUGCUGGAUCACUGAAGACUACGCCCCAGACCCAGAACAGUCCACGAGUAUCGAGGAAGAACCGUUAUGCUCGACAAGACUCCAAUUCAUCCCACAGUAGUUCAAGUAGACAAGAGCAUGUUAAUGGGGAACAACUCCGUCGUCGUGGGAGCACGUCCUCUCAGUCGACCUCCAGCAGUUAUCCUCUCACAGAUUCGGUUGCCGUUCCACAUAUCACCAGACGCGAAUCAUUCGAAAUGCCCAAUAGAACAGUUUCGUCGGAAUCUCCACGACCUCAAAGGUCAAGGUCAUUACAUAAAUCAUCGAGCGCCAGUGAUAGUAGCAGUGCUCACAGUCGUCAAGGAAGCUGUAGAAGAUGCGAGGUGGAUCAAAAGGACGAUAAUUAUAACAUCGCGCCUCCACAACAUCCACAAAGACAAGGAUCUUUCUCCGAACAAAUCACAACCCAAUAUGACCAGGAUGGCUACCCGACGUCACUUAGUUACGUAAGACCCGAUAACUACAAUCAGGAUGUUUUGAUUGGUCACGAAAGAUUGUACAGUCCAGAUCUACGCGGUCGUGACGAAUAUCUGGCUUUCAGUCAAGACAUUGUUAACCAACAGGGAAACGUUAGUCCUAUUCCCCAGAAGCCCAAACUUCGGGCUUUCCCUAGAACAAAUCCAACGUACGUACACAGAACGGCACCGCAUAAAAAAUUGAGUUUUGAUUCCGGAAUGCCUGGUUAUGACGUUCCAUAUCAUGAUCUGCCAUUUUCUUCACACAUGGGCAUACAGACGUCGCAGUCUUACACGGAGAACCCGGAAACUUAUAUGUAUUAUCGACACGAUCGAUCUGACAGCGACACUUCUCAUUCUUCACAUCGAGGCUAUCAUAUCGUACAUGAUCAUCGCAUCGACAGCCAGACGUCACAGUCGUCCAGGAAUCGUGAUCUAUCGGACAGUCAGUCGUCCCAGGGUUCAACACGAAACAUGUCUGAUACACAUUCUUCGCAAGGUUCGCUGCGGAACUUACAAGAUAGUGCCGUGUCCGUACACGAUAGUUAUUCGUCUCGUGGUUCCAAUAGAAGUAUGGAUCACAGCAUGUGUCUGGAUCGAUCUGGCAAUAACCUUCUACAGAGGUCGCUUAUACUCAGUGGUUCCGAGGCAGAGAAAGACGUAGACUACGCCAACGUACCUGUGCUGCCACCUAAAACAAGCACGACAGCCACCACGACGAUGUCUGGAUUAUACGAUCAACAUAUUUACAGACAGAUCUCAGCAGAUAAAAUACCUGAUUAUGAAGUGAUAGCAGAUCAGGGUUUUGAAGAAUCUGACAGUAGCAGUAUUUUCUCAACAUCAUCGCCUCGAACAAUACAACCCUCACCCCCACAAUAUUAUACAUUAUCAACAUCUCCUCUUCAUGUGCAAUCCUCCUCCUCCUCCUCCCCGCAUCCCCCGUCAACCUCACCACUUAUCUUAUUCCAACCCUCGGCUCAACAGCAGAUGCUGGAGGCACACCACGCAACACAGCAUAAUGUUUUCCAACCCUCGGCUCAACAGCAAUUGGUGGAGACCCAGCAUGCAUCUUUACGUCGAAAGAAACAGAAUGAUAAGCCCGAACCAUCUGUUAGUCCCGUGAUGGAGAAGAGCCAGAUUUUAACUGCCGUGGAUAUAUCUCAACAACGGCCCCAGUCAAUGGUGGUGGGAUCUCAGUCCGAUGCUAAUAUGUCUUUAAGUCCAAGUACAGGAUCUCUUAAUAGACAGAAAUUACCAUCUGAAAGUGAUAUAGAAAACUACGCUCAACAUAUGAACAGACAUAAAAAAGGUUUAUUUGGUAAAAAGGUUUCCAUUAGUAACAUGUUAACCUGGUCUAAGGAUCCAAUACAGAAGCCGAUGUUAAGAACUAAUGAUAAACUUGCGAAGAAAGAAGCUUGUGAAGUCUUUAAAUUGAUACAGAUGUAUAUGGGAGACAGAAAAUCAAGAAUAGCAUCGAAUGCUGUAGCACUGGAAAUUGUAACAAAAGGUUGGACAGCUCCUGCUCUACGGGAUGAAAUAUUUAUACAAUUAACUCGACAAACCACAGAAAAUACAAAAAUUGAAAGUUUACAAAGAGGUUGGGAAUUACUUGGAAUCUGUUUAUAUUUUUUCCCGCCAACAUUACGAUUUUAUUCGUACUUGGACGGAUUUAUCUCCCGACAUUUAGAUUAUACCUGUGAUAUUCCUGGUUUACAGGUACCUAUCAGCCAUUUCGCAAUAUUAUGUCAGAGACGAUUAAACAGGGCCUUACAAACUGGGGCUAAAAAAGGUGUUCGUAAACCUUCCAUUGAUGAAGUUGAACAGGCAAAGAAAUCAAUAUUUCACCCAUCAAUGUUUGGUAGUUGUUUAGAAGACGUGAUGAUCAUGCAGAAGGAACGUUAUCCAGAGAGAGUGUUACCAUGGAUACAGACUAUACUAUCUGAGGAAGUUCUCAGACUAAAUGGUGCUAAAACGGAAGGAAUUUUCAGGGUACCUGGAGAUAUUGAUGAAGUCAAUGCCUUAAAGAUAAGAUGUGAUCAGUGGAUACUACCCUCUGACUGUCCUGAUCCUCAUGUCCCGGCAUCACUAUUAAAACUCUGGUAUCGUGAGCUGUAUCAGCCCUUAAUACCCUCAGAGUUUUAUCAAGAAUGUAUAGAUAAUUUUGCUGAUCCUGAAGUCGCCAUGAGUAUCGUUAAUCGCCUUCCAGAGAUGAAUCGACUGGUCUUGUGUUACUUGUUAAGAUUUCUGCAGGUUUUUGCUGCUGUUGAAAAUGCGUCUGUUACUAAGAUGGAUGUGAAUAAUUUAGCCAUGGUGAUGGCGCCAAACUGUUUGCGUUGUGAAAGUGAAGAUCCCAAAAUCAUUUUCGAAAAUACACGAAAAGAAAUGGGAUUUUUACGGACAUUAAUCCAACAUUUAGAUACAAGCUUCAUGGAGGGUGUCGUAUGAUUCUGGUUAAAUGGUGAAUAGGAAAUUAAUUCUAAAUAUGUUCAGUUUAACCGUGACUAAUUUUGUUUCUUCUGGUUUUAUUUGGAUGAAAUUGUUUUCGAUUUCGAAGAAGAUUUGAAAAUUAGCCAAAUCAGUCAUUUCUCUUGGUGGGUAUAAUGUAUGACAGGAUGAAAGGAGCUAUAUGUAAAGGAAUUACUUCUCUUACCAGUUGUUUAUGACUGGAUGAAAGAGGUUAAAUGUGAGGCAGCCUUUUCACUUGUUUGCUAUUUAUGACUAGAUGAAAGGGGCUAUAUUAGAUUAGAAUAAAACUGUUGGAUGGUAAUAAGUCAAUCAUAUUUUAUUCAUAAAGAAAGUCAGACUGGAUGAAAAGUGCUUAUGGAUCAUACAUGAAAGAUUAUCCAGUGGAUGUCAUUAAUGUAAUAAUUACUGGAGUAUAAUGUGCUUUCAGUUGAGAACAUUUAAAAUUUCUGAUUCAACUUUAUUCAUUUUAAAAAAUCUGCAUAAUGGAAGAAAAUAUCUGGGGAUGAAAUGAGAAGAGGAUUCAGUGGUUUAGCUUUAAGAUUCGAUAAGACUGUUUGUUGGUCCAAUAUUUAAUUAACUACUGGAUUAGUCAAAUUAUGUACGGGAAGCUUAAUUAUUUUGUACUUUUCAAAUUACGUCCUGGGAGUAUUUUGGACUACUCAAAUUUGAGUCCGGGGACUACUCAAAAUAAAUCCUGGAAAUAUUUUGGACUACUCAAAUUAUAUCCUGGAAGUAGUUUGGAAUUUGGAUUACUCAAAUUAAGUCUUGGGAGUAUAUUGGACUACUCAAAUAAAUCCUGGAAGUAUUUUGGACUACUCAAAUUAUAUCCUGGAAGUAUUUUUACUACUCAAAUUAUAUCCUGGAAGUAUUUUGGACUACUCAAAUUAUAUCCUGGAAGUAUUUUGGAAUAAUCAAAUUAUAUCCUGGAAGUAUUUUGGACUAAUCAAAUUAUAUCCUGGAAGUAUUUUGGACUAAUCAAAUUAUAUUCUGGAAGUAUUUUGGACUACUCAAAUUAUAUCCUGGAAGUAUUUUGGACUACUCAAAUUAAGUCUUGGGGAGUAUUUUAAGCAGAAUGAGAAUUGUGUGAAAUAUAAUUCUGUGCUAAGUUAUUAGGACAAAAAGAUUCAACUGUAUUUCUCAAAUGGAAUAAAAAAUGGCAAGAGACAUGGGAAUGGAAUGGAAUAGAAUUAAAAAAUAGCUAAAGAACAAAAGAAAUGACAUAUUUACGAAGCAUUCAUUUUCGAAACUGGAUUAUUACAAGACAUGGUUUUUACUACGAAAGUGAAACAAAUUUUGUGAGGGUUUUACUGAACCUAAAAAUUAUUUACAUUUUUUUUUCUAAUCUAAAUUUAUUUAUUAUAUUUUAAUUGUAUUAUAUGAACCACUUGGGUCAAUUAUAAAAUAUAUUGUUUCUACUCAUCAACAUUCUCACAUAUUAUCGUAGACCAAGAAAUUAAUGCUAUGAUGAAAUUAAUACAAACAAGAAAUUAAUGCUAUGGUGAAAUUAACACAAAUAAGAAAUUUAUGCUAUCAUGAAAUUAACACAAAUAAGAAAUUAAUGCAAUCAUGAAAUUAACACAAACAAGAAAUUAAUGCUGUCAUCAAAUUAAUACAAACAAGAAAUUAAUGCUAUCAUGAUUUUAAUACGGGCAAGAAAUUAAUGCUAACAUGAAAUUAAUAGAAAAAGCUAACAUGAAAUACAGAAAAUUAAUGCUAACAAGAAAUUAAUGCUAUCAUGAAAUUGACACAGAAAGUAAUUAAUGCUAACAUGAAAUUAAUAUAAUCAAGAAAUGAAUCUAUAUAUAUAUUUCUGACUGUUGUUUGUGUGUUUGAGAUUUAGCGGCUAAACUAGGGCUAUCCCCAGGCUGAAAUUUUGGGGUAAAAGGUCAGCUCGGGUCGGGGGAAGGAGUAACAUAGGCUGAGCGUCGGUGCACAACCACUUUCGAUUUCAAAAUUAUGUUUCUUUCAAUUUAAAGAUGCAUUAUGUAAGAUCUAAAUCUGCCUAAUACAGGUUUUUUGGCUUCAAAUGUAAUAUCAAUUAUUAUUUAGACAUAUAUUCACAUGACUAGCCUAUGCCCGGUAUUCAACUCACUAGAACACCAGAUGGCACUGUGUAAACAGAUUAAAAUCAAUUGCCAUUUAAUGAUUUACUUUAAAAAUGGAGAAGCGAGGCUGAGUCUCGAUUAACAAGUAAAGUGUUGCUACGAUAAUAAACACUCUAUGUCUAAACUUCAAACAGUGAUAACACCGCUCUGAAUAAAGUACUUUGAAUGAAAUAUAUUAAUAUUAAUUUUGAAUUAUCUAGUUUGGAACUAUUAUAGCAAUAACUGUCGGCUCUUUAUCUAAGUCUUACAUAAUGCAUCUUUAAGGAAACUUCUAUUAGGAAGUUUCGGAGAUAUAACCCGUUCAAUGCUGGAUAAACAACUAGUAUUAAGUGUAUAAGGGCUGUGCGAGCCAGGAAGGUGGUGACAUAGGCCGGGUGGCAUUGCACAAUCAUUUCUGAUUUCGAAGUUAGACUUACCUUCCUACCUAUUAGGAAGUUUCAGAGGGCUCUACCUGGAUAAGCAACUAGUAGCAAGAUAUAUUCGCUCCAUACAUUCAAGAAUUUUAUACGAUCAAAAUUAGAGUUUAAUAUGUAUUGAAAUUGUACCCUACCUCUGAUAUUUAUAUUGCACCCAAACCUCCCCAUAAGAUAGUAUUAAUUUCAUGACACAUUAAAUCCUUGUUUUACAAUAUUUAUCUCUUUGAUUCACGCAUCCAUCGUUCAUUGUUAUUAUCAUAUAAAUAAAUAUACCGACUCUCAGUUAACCCUUUAACCGUCAGAUGUUCCAUAUGAAACAUUUUGCAUAUUCAGUUUUGCAGGUUAUGACCUAUAAGUAAAGAUGACAAAAAAUGUUUAAUAUUUUAUACCACUGAAUAGAGGAAUUCAAGAUCUUUCCAAAAAUAUAUGCAUUUUUAUGAUUUAUUCAUAAAUUUAAAGAGUUACUGGAUAUAUUCUUAUUGCUUUUCCUAAUCGAAACCCCAAAACAAUCCUACGGUUAAAGGGUUAAUGGAGUUGAAUGUCUCAUCAACAAUACUUCGAUCAUUUUGAAACAAACAUAUGAUCAUUUUUUUUUAUUUCAAUGGUUACGCUUGCAAUGGAAGGUUGGAGAGUUUUGCUUGGACAUUGACAUUUUCUCCUAUUCUUACCCAAUUUCUAAUUGUACAUGGGUGGAUUUCAUUUUUUUUUUGUGCCAUCCGGACAACUACAUGUACUCAAUUCAAUAUGUCUCUUUGCAUUAGUUUAUUUGACUUUCCUCUAAAACGACAGCAGCUAUGACUCAGAUUUUGUGAUUACACUUUUCAAACAUUAUCUAGGGAUAUUCUCGAAACCCUUAGAAUCUCAGACUAAUUUUUACUAGGCUUUAUCAAAUGAUAAUUCAUUUGCCUGAACAUAGAAUUUUACAACAGCAGCCAUAAAAAGUGAAGUCUUAGUUCAUGGGAUGUAAGAUUAGCUAAAUGUUGUUUCGAAAUUGAAGUCAAAUAAAUUAAUUUCUAUUUUUGUCUCAAAAGACAGCACUUGAUUGAUAUCACUAUUAUAUCUGCAUUGAUAUUUUAAAAGAUAAAAAACCCUUUUCAUGCGGAAAAUAAAACCAGUUGUGUAAAAUG